AUGGAGCAGCUGUCCCUCAUACUCAGACAACUUUUCCAGCAAAAGGCCACUGUAUGUGCUCGCUGCCUUCAUGGCGCUAUAAUCUAUUCCCCUUCAAGUACAUGGAAAUCACGAAGAACUCCGCGCCGACAGUUGCACUCAAAAGCAACGCUGAAUGAACAAACCGCGGUUCAUGCCCAGAGGAAUCAGGAGUAUGAAGCAAACACAAAUACGCCUGGGCAGCCUCUCCAGGCACACCUCCUGCAUGGCUACUACCUAGAUAUCCUCUCCGCGGCCCACCCCUCACAUCCCGCCCACCACGCUCGGCCCCUUCUACUACAAGAAAAGGUCUCACAGUCACAGCGGGAAGUCCAUCUACAAUCGCAACAAUCUCCUCCUUCAAACACGCAAUCUCAACAUUCCGCGCCCACACCUGCGCCCGCCCCCGCGCCCGAACCUACCCCGGCCGAAAGAAUGAGCAUAGUCUUCGGCACCCGUCUUGCAGGACCGGGCUACUCUAGCCGCUACAAUUCCGAUACCCACACCCCGGAAUCUACCUGGCAUACUGUAAAUGGCGUACCUAUUCCUCCCCGCCCCCGGGAGCCUGAUAACUGCUGCAUGAGCGGCUGUGUACAUUGUGUCUGGGACGAUUAUAGAGAUGAGGUUGAGUCGUGGGCAGAGAGGGUACGGGAGGCGAAGAGGAGGGGAGAGAAUGCAACGAAGAGGAAGGGGAAGGGUAAAGGGAAGGGGAAGGGGAAGGGGAAGGGCAAGAAGGGAGCUGUGCGUGGAGAAUCCGUUGUAGCUGGGGAGAUGCGGUUUAAGCCGAGAAAGGAGGUGGAGAGUGCUAGCCUGAGUAUGGAUGAUGAUGGGGGUGGGUCGGAGGCGAAUUGGAGUGUAGGUAUUGCAGGCGAGGAUGCCGAUGAUUUGUUUACUGGGAUUCCGGUGGGGAUUAGGGAGUUCAUGAAGUUGGAGAAGAGGUUGAAAGAGAAGCAGAAAUUGAUGAAGGAAGGGAAGGAGGGGAAGGAGGGGAAGCCUACAUAA